GUCUGUUUUCAUUCACUUGGGCAGGGACGGUUGUCUGGGCCUAGCGUCUGCCCAGCGCCGGGCAUAGCAGACCCUAACCCCUGACUCGGGCUCCCUGUGGGGGGCCGCAGCACAGACAGUCUAGCUACAAUGGGCCAGGUGGUCCUGCGAUAGAAAAUGGGAUGUGAUCUCUUUAGCGUCACAGAGGGAUGGUUAAAGACCAGGAAGAAACCGACUGUGGGGGGUCGGUUAUCCCACAUCUGCUACCGCGGGGUCUCAUGCCAGGGUGUCAAGAUGGGUCUCCGUUCUGGUCCAGCGUGGUGUUGCCUAAGGAUCUCUGCCCGUUGAGGACGGGCGGCGCUUGGAGAGAUCGUGGGUCACGGAGCCACGUGGGGGGCAGCAGCCGGUGCUCGGCGGGACAGAUACUGCCCGAGCUUGUCCCUCACAUGAUCUGGAGCUUCACAACAAGAUGACCUCCAACUGCAACAACAGCAGCAGCUUGACGGACCCGGUCUUUGUGGGGCUCUACACCCUCAUCUUCACGCUGGGGCUGGUGCUCAACCUGGCCGCGCUCUACAUCUUCUUCCGCUGCAGCAGCAUCCGCUCCCUCACCACCGUCUACAUGAAGAACCUGGCCGUCUCCGACCUGCUGCUGGUGGUGUCCCUGCCCGUCCGGAUCUAUUACUAUAGCCGGCGGCCCUGCCUGGGGGACCAGGUCUGCGAGAUCACGGGGCUGCUGCUGCUGGUCAACAUGUACGGGAGCAUCUUCCUGCUGACCUGCAUCAGCUGGGACCGCUGCAUGGCCGUCUGCUUCCCCAUGCACCCCCGGGUCAAGGCGCUGCGCAAACAGGCCAAGUAUAUCUGCCUGGGCGUCUGGCUGCUGAGCUGUGCCGGCACCGUGCCCACCUAUUUCACCCAGGCUAAGGGAGAACGGAUGGAACACUGCUUUGACAACAAGCCCAAGUACGUCACCCAGCCCAGCGUGUCCUCGGCCAUGGCGCUGUGCUUCGUCCUGCCGCUGCUGGUCAUGGUGGUCUGCUCCUGGGCCCUGCUCCGAGCCAUCCGCCGCAGCGCGGCCGCCCAGAUGGAGCUGGUGAACAGCGCCAAGAUCCGCAGCAUGAUCGUGGCCAACGUCACCAUCUUCCUGGGCUGCUUCCUGCCUUUCCACCUGGUGCUGAUCUGCUACCAGGUGGAAGCCCUGCGGGGUGAGAUGCUGGAGUUUUCCUACCGCUGCACCUUGCUGGUGGCCUCCGCCAACGCCGCCCUGGACCCGCUGGCCUAUUACUUCGCCACCGAGACCUUCCAGCGCAUGGUGGUGAUGGACAAUCUGCGCAAGGCCUGGGGCUUUCACACCGACAGCGCCGAGGGGCAGAGCCGCUCCCAGACGGCGCUUAGGCAGUGCAUCUACUUGCAGAACAUCAUGGCCGUGCCUAACAGCACCCCACUGGUGGGCAGCCCCAGCUGGGAGCCCAGGAGCUAACGGGCCCUGGGACUGGGCUGCCCUCGCCACACAGGGUCCCCUGGGCAGGGCACAGGACAGUGGGACGUGCAUGAGCAGGGCUGGAAGCAAGGGAGGAGGGCAGUUUGGUAUGUGGGCGUCGCAGGUUGGGUUUGUGCUGGGACGAGGGGUGUCGCUGGCUCGGGUUACGAUGGGCACUGGGACGUUGCAGGCUGCGUUUGCGCCAGGCGCUGGGACAGGGGCAUCGUGGGCUCAGGGUGUGCUGGGCACUGGUGUAACCCACACACCUCCUGGGCAUGGUGCUCUGUCCCGUCUAGUGGCACCAAGACCGCCUAGAGGUUAAUGAGUCUGCUACAGCUUUAGCAAACAGCCAGCUGGCUUUUAGCUCAUGCAGUAGAGGCUCCAGCACUAAGCUUCAGAGGUCCCAGGUUCGAUCCCACCCGCCGCCGACCGGGGUCUGUCAGCGUUACGCUGGGUUUGCACCGGGCGCUGGGCUCAGGUAGCACUGGGAGCUGGUGGUGGCAGUCCCUCGGCUAGGGAGACGUAGCGCUCAGAGCCUUGCCUGGGUCCCAUCUUGAUCUCAUCCGUGGGAGGUGUUAGAAUCAGCAACGGCCCAGCUGUGAACUGUCACCUUGAGCUGCCCGGGGCUCGCAGCCCCAUCUCCUCACCACGGGGCCCAGGGACCCCGAGCUCCCCUUUCCCCCAGCCCAGCUGUUGGCCUCUGGGGGGGGGGGAGGUGUGUGUGUGUGUGUGUGUGUGAGAGAGAAAUUGGGUGGAGGGCGGCUGUUAAUUUGGGCUGAGCCUCCGCGGUCGUGGCAUGGGGAGGUGUCUCCUGGGUUACAACUUUGCUUCUCCCUCCUGGCCCUUCUGCUGCAGCCUGGGGGCCAGCUCGGUGCAGCGUUUCCGCAGUGCCUGCCGGCGGGGUUUGCCCUGAGGUUUCAUGCCCAGGCUCCUGGCAAAGGCAGCAGGAAUUUCCCCCUCCCCGAGCAGCAAGUGCUUGCGGUUAAACUGAUCCGGUGCCACAGCUGGGCGGACCUCGCCUGCAGAGGAUGACUCAGGGCUUGAGCAGUGGCUGCUCCUGCUCUGAGCUCCAGGGGUCCCCGGUUCGGUCCCCCGGCUGUCGGUCAUCACACAGGCAUUUCUACUCCGAGCAGCGUCCGAACCCCAGUGUCCCAUCUGGGCCAGCACCACACCCAGAGCCUGAGCAUCAGAAAUUCAGCCUGGGCCAGCCGGGACCGCUGAAAUGGGCUUUAAGCUGCACAGGGUAGGGCCAGAUUUCACAGAGGCGCAGCUCCCAGCUGGGUGCAUCGAAGAAGCUUUGUCUGCUGGGGGUUUGACCCUCUGGGAGCUUGAAAUUCUGGCCUUUAACUACUCGGCCUGGCCAGUCCUGACUCUGCACCGGGGUUUGGAACAGUCGCUGCUACAGCACGGGGGAGCGGCCAGGGAGCUGGUGCUAAGAAGGACGUCUCACCCCCAGCCUCGUGUUUAUGAUGGGGAACCGGGACUCAGGUUCUGUUCCUGACUCUAGGCGGGAAGCGGGAACGAAGGAUUACGCCCAAACUCCUGCCGAGCGUGUGCCAAGUCCCAUCCCCGCUUGGCGGCUCGGGGGUCCCUGGCGGUGUAAUGGAGUUAACGCCGCCUGACCUCGGGGUGUGUGUUUGUUUGCACGCUUGAGGUGCCGGGGGCCCGGUGGAGCCUCACGGCCUGGCAAAGGGGCCGGAACUCAUCCACUUUGUGACAUUUGCACUUUAGUGCCGGCCCAGGAGGCAAUGACCACGGCGGGCUAGAUGGUGGUAUCCAGGGGUUGCCCCAUUUCCCUUCCCGCUCUGCAGGCUAUUCCAGCACAGGCUGGUCACGCAGCCAGGAACCUCCCCUGGGGAAGGAGGAACAGGCGGGUGUCUGGGGGGCGGGGGGUUAGAAAUAAUGCAGGAGAGUGAGGGGCUGGACAGGGGAGUGGCUGGGCCUGGUCCUUCUAUUUGC